AUGGAUUUAAAAGAAUAUUUUCCCGAGAGUAUCUCCGUCAUUCAUCCCGAUGAUUCGCACCAUGAAUUAUGUCCCAAUCAUAUCGAACAGAUGCCUGAAAGAAUGCGAUUUGUGGGGAGAAAAUUGCGCGGAAGAGAUCCUCCACUACUUCCGACAAUUGUCGAAGCAACUUCAUCAACCGACUUGCAUAAUGUUAAUCGAUUCCCAAUCAAUUGUAUGAUUUGCUACAAGACCAUAAUUCCAGCAAUGAAUGGCGCAAUGGAAGAUUAUUUCAAACCGUGUGCUUGCCCUUUGCUGUAUGCCCACAAUUCGUGUGCGCUGAGAACUGAAAACUUCAUAGGAAGUAGAUGUGGACGGUGUCACGAGGCGAAUUUGCCAAAAUUGAGCAGGAGAACCUCGGCGAGCAGCAGAAUGAACUUCUCGCCGUCCCGACAACUCGCGGGUUCUGAUAAACGUUUAAUUUUUGAUUCGUAUUUCACAUCAGCUGGAAUAUGUGCGUUGUGCCAGAAUUCAAAAUUUCGAAAUCCUCAAAUAGGAGAGAAAUUUGAUGCAAAAUUCGUCCGGCCGUGCUUUUGCGGCUAUCUCGCUCAUCAUGGAUGUCUUGUUGAACAGCUUAAAACAGAAACCAGCUGUGGUGAAUGCGGUGUGAAAUUUCGGUUUCUUAAAUAUGGUUCUAUAAUCGACUUCUUCAAGCGUUAUUACUUCCAGUAUUUUGCGCUUAUAGUAUUUUUCGCGGUUUUGACUGUAUUUUUCUACAUGGCUCUCUCAAGAUCAAUUCUUUUCACAAACCGCAUCUCUUUUAACGAUAUACUAUUAUUCGUGAUAUCGAUGCUCUUUUUUGUUGUUAUCAUCUCUAUAGUCAUUUGUUUGGUCCGUUAUACCAUCAAUACAAGAAUCCCACGAUUCCAAGCGAGAUACGGCCGAGUCACCGUAUUGUCAUAUGAUCCUGACGCAUCAUCCAAGAAAGAUUUAAAAAAGAUGAUUAAAACUUCGAGAAUAUUGGCCGGAAUUGAUACAAGCAUCCAUAUGGAGGAUGUACGAAUGGCUGACGAUUUUGAUAACUCGAUUGAUGUCCGAACAGACGAUCUCACACUCGGCCAAUGCAUGUUUGGCGUCUACGCCACUCACCAUUCAUCUUCUACCCCAAUAAAGGAUAUCCAAGAUAAAUUCAUCUUCGAAGCUUCUUCGGCUGCUGAAUCGCCGAAAACCGACGAGCAGAAAGAAGGAGUCGAUGAAAAAACGGAAUUAGUGAAAGAUCAACAAGAACAACAAGCUUAA